UUUAACUCACCGAGUUACAGAGAGAGAGACUGAAGGGAGAAGAAGAAGGAGAGGGGAAAAAGAGAAAAGCAAAAUUGUAGGGAUUAUCGCCGAAUCAGUCGCGUGAUCGACUCAGAGGGAGAGAGAGAGAGAGAGAAGGCACUCACAGCAGGGAGAGUUUUGGUGGAGCGGGCGAGUCAAAUCAGUCGAAUCGUUCGGCUCUGCGCAUCCCUUUUUUUUUCCUUCUUCUCUUUCCAAUAUUUUUCUCUCAUUUGGACAGAUCCAUCUAUAUCCUGGCUUGAACUUGCCUUACCAGCCCCGUUUAUAUCGCAAUUUUAUUAUUAUGUGUUAAAAAUCUUAUUUUUCGAGGGGGAAAAGUGGUAAGAGCGGGCGUUGGUGCGGGUUGUGGAAUUUUUUUUUUGAACGUUGCGAUCUGAGUGGGGUUUGUGUCAGAAAUUUUGGAGGGAUUUGCGCCCUUUUCCCUCCCUUCUUGUUUUCCUAUUUGCCCUUUGCAGUUUUGGGGGCAUUAAUUGCUGGAAUCGGGGUCGUUUUGAGGCGCAAUUUGCAUGCAGUCUGGCGCCGGCGGAGGUGCCGGCGGCCCCACCGGCAGGGCCGGGAGGGCCGCUUCCACCUCAUCAGCAGCUGCAUCGCCUUCUUCCUCCUCCUCUGCUGUAUCCACUCCGCAGCAGCUGGGUUUCGAUUCGGUUCAGCACCAGCAGCAACAGCACCACCAGCAGCAGCAAUUAGGGUCUAGGCAGGCCCUACAGCAGCACCUACUCAGGAAACCAGAAGGUAAUGAGGCGCUUUUAGCUUAUCAAGCUGCUGCUCUUCAUGGAGUCAUGGGUGGGGGCAAUUUCGCUCAAUCGCCGGGCUCAAUGCAACUGCCUCAACAGGCGAGGAAGUUCUUUGAUUUGGGUCAAGCUCAACAACACGGCUCUUCCCAGGAUCGCGAAAACAGAAGCCAUAUUCAAGACCAACAGGUUUUGACUCCUGCACAUCAGGCAUAUCUCCAAUUUGCUUUCCCGAAUGCCCAACAUAAGCCAGCAACUGCUGUGCCAUCACAGCAACAAAUGAAAAUGGGAAUGUUGGGAUCUGCCACUGGCAAGGAUCAGGAUAUGUCUAUUGGAAAUUUGAAAAUUCAGGAACUCAUGUCCAUGCAAGCUGCUAAUCAUGCACAGGCAUCAUCCUCCAGGAAUACAUCAGAACAUUUUCCUCGCGGUGAAAAGCAGGUGGAACAAGGACAGCAGCCUGAUAAGAGGAAUGAGCAAAAGUCUCUGACCCAGCCACCUGUCAUGGGGCAACAAAUAUCUGGGAAUGCACCAAGGCAGAUGCAGGCUCUACCAACUCAGCACACAAUGCAAAACCUACCAAACAACCAGCUCAUGGCUGCACAGUUUCAAGCAAUGCAGGCUAUGCAAGCACUGGCUCAGGAACGUAAUAUUGAUAUGUCGGUGCCUGCUAAUGCCAACUUGAUGGCACAGCUCCUUCCAUUGAUGCAGGCAAGGAUGGCUGCCCAACAGAAGGCAAAUGAAACCAAUGCUUCUGUUCAGCAGAGUGCUGUACCGGUGUCAAAGCAGCAGGUUACUUCUCCACCGAUGCAAAAUGAUUCACCACAUGCUAAUUCAUCGAGUGACGUAUCUGGGCAAUCUGGCUCUGCAAAAGCCAGGCAGCCUGUUGCGCCGAGCCCUUUUGGCUCAACCCCUAGUCCUGGAAGUGUGAACAACAGUAAUAAUAACCUUGGAAUGCAGCAGCAUGCUUUUAACGGCAGAGAGAAUCAAGUGGCUACUAGGCAAACAGCUGGACAUGGAAAUGGUAUGCCUCCAAUGCAUCCUCCUCAAUCAUCCACAAAUAUAAUCCAAGGUUCGGAGCUGACAUUGCCUGUAAAAGGAGGCGCCUCAACUAGCCCAGAAACCUUUCAGAUGCAGCAUUUCAAGCAUUUGAAUCAUUCUUCUCCUCAGUCUGCUAGUACUUCAAAUAAUGGAAGCUCCACCAACAAUUUACAAUUGCAAGGUGGACCAUCUCCUCAGUCAUCUCAGCAGCGUGGUUUCACAAAGCAGCAGUUGCAUGUUCUCAAAGCACAAAUCCUGGCAUUCAGAAGACUCAAGAAAGGUGAAGGCACUCUUCCGCAAGAGCUUCUUCAAUCUAUCAUUCCACCACCCCUUGAUCUGCAGCAACAACCACAGCAGCCGCCACUGCCAUUGUCGCAGCCGCGACAGCCACAGCCACAGGCACAGCCGCAGCCGCAGCAAAUUGUUCCUCAAGGUGCAUGUAAUCAGGAAAGACCUGAUGGAAAGCCUUCUGAAGAGCAAGUGAGGCAUGUAGAUUUGAGUGAGAAGGAAACUCGGUCAAUGCCACUGACAAAUGGGCUGAUUACUCCCAAAGAGGAAAAGCUCGCGCGUGCGGAGAAAGUGACUAUGUCAGCAAGUCAAUUGCAAGUUUCUGGUGCUGCAGUGAAUGAAACUACACCAGUGGGAGCUUCAACUAAAGAAGAUCAGCAAAGUCCAAUAUUUUCUCCCAAGUUAGAUCAGGAGGCUGAACAUGGCCCACAGAAAUCUCCUGUUAGAAGUGAUCUUCCGGCUGAUCGGGGGAAGACAGUUGCUCCACAGUUGCCUGUAUCUGAUGCAACCCAAGUUAGGAAACCAACACAAGCAAGCACUGCAUCGGGGCCAAAAGAUUCUAAUUCUGCAAGGAAGUAUCAUGGUCCGCUUUUUGACUUUCCAUUUUUCACAAGGAAACAUGACUCAAUGAGUUCAUCUGGUAUGAUUAACACCAAUAACAACCUGACCCUGGCUUAUGAUGUUAAAGAUCUCCUUUUUGAAGAAGGCACAGAAGUUCUGAGCAUAAAAAGAUCUGAAAAUUUGAGGAAAAUUAGUGGUUUAUUGUCAGUAAAUCUAGAGAGGAAAAGGAUCAGGCCUGAUCUUGUGUUGCGGUUACAGAUCGAGGAAAAAAAACUCAAGCUUUUGGAUCUACAGGCACGUAUACGAGAUGAGGUUGAUCAACAACAGCAGGAGAUAAUGCAAAUGCCAGACAGGCCUUAUCGGAAAUUUGUUAGACUAUGUGAGCGCCAACGGAUGGAGUUGACUAGACAAGUACAGUCUUCUCAAAAAGCAAUGAGAGAUAAGCAUCUGAAAUCUAUCUUCCAGUGGCGUAAGAAACUUCUUGAGGCUCACUGGGCUAUUCGUGAUGCACGGACUGCCCGAAAUAGAGGAGUUGCCAAAUACCAUGAGCGAAUGUUGAGGGAAUUCUCAAAAAGAAAAGAUGACGAUCGGAAUAAAAGAAUGGAGGCAUUGAAGAACAAUGAUGUUGAGAGGUACAGGGAAAUGCUCUUAGAGCAGCAGACUAGCAUGCCUGGUGAGGCAUCUGAGAGAUAUAAUGUUCUCUCGUCAUUCUUAACUCAGACAGAAGAAUACCUUAAUAAGCUAGGAAGUAAAAUAACUGCUGCUAAGAAUCAACAGGAAGUAGAAGAGGCGGCAAAUGCUGCUGCUGCAGCUGCAAGAUUGCAGGGACUCUCUGAAGAAGAGGUGAGGGCAGCAGCAACUUGUGCUGGAGAGGAAGUAAUGAUAAGAAACCGAUUUACGGAAAUGAAUGCACCUAGGGACGGUUCAUCUGUUAGCAAAUAUUACAAUCUCGCUCAUGCUGUGAAUGAAAGAGUCACAAGACAGCCUUCAAUGUUGCGAGCUGGAACGUUGAGAGAUUAUCAGCUUGUUGGAUUGCAGUGGAUGCUUUCUUUGUAUAACAACAAGCUGAAUGGGAUCUUGGCUGAUGAGAUGGGUCUUGGGAAGACUGUACAGGUCAUGGCAUUGAUAGCCCAUCUGAUGGAAUUUAAAGGAAACUAUGGACCACAUCUUAUUAUCGUGCCUAAUGCUGUUUUAGUGAAUUGGAAGAGUGAAUUCCACACCUGGCUGCCAUCUGCGUCGUGUAUCUUUUAUGUCGGGAACAAGGAACAAAGAUCCAAAUUGUUUUCUCAAGAGGUUUGUGCCAUGAAGUUCAACGUUCUUGUCACAACUUAUGAAUUUAUCAUGUACGAUCGCUCAAAACUUUCCAAAGUUGAUUGGAAAUAUAUCAUAAUCGACGAAGCACAGAGGAUGAAGGAUAGAGAAUCAGUUUUGGCCCGUGAUCUUGACAGAUAUCGAUGCCAGAGGCGCCUACUUCUCACUGGGACACCAUUGCAGAAUGAUUUGAAGGAGCUUUGGUCACUUUUGAAUCUGCUGCUGCCAGAAGUUUUUGACAAUCGGAAAGCAUUCCAUGAUUGGUUCUCAAAACCAUUUCAGAAGGAAGCCCCUACACACGAUGCAGAGGAUGAUUGGCUUGAGACUGAAAAGAAGGUAAUUGUUAUUCACAGACUUCAUCAGAUUUUGGAGCCUUUCAUGCUUCGGCGUCGUGUGGAAGAUGUGGAAGGUUCACUGCCGGCAAAGGAUUCCAUUGUCUUGAGAUGCAGAAUGUCUGCAUUCCAGAGUGCAAUUUAUGAUUGGAUUAAAUCUACUGGUACAAUUCGAGUGGAUCCUGAGGAUGAGAAGGUCAGGGUCCAGAAAAGUUCAAUAUACCAGGCUAAGGUGUAUAAAACUCUAAAUAAUAGAUGUAUGGAGCUUCGGAAAACUUGCAAUCAUCCUUUACUUAAUUAUCCAUAUUUUAAUGACUGCUCCAAGGAUUUCCUUGUUAGAUCUUGUGGGAAAUUAUGGAUUCUUGAUAGGAUCCUCAUGAAACUGCAUAGAACAGGACACCGAGUACUGCUGUUUAGUACUAUGACAAAACUUCUGGACAUAAUGGAGGAGUAUUUGCAAUGGAGGCGACUGGUAUACAGAAGGAUUGAUGGUACAACCAGCCUUGAAGAUCGUGAGGCAGCUAUUGUAGAGUUUAAUAGUCCUAAUUCUGACUGCUUCAUCUUCUUGCUCAGCAUUCGUGCAGCUGGAAGGGGUCUUAAUCUUCAAUCGGCCGACACAGUUAUCAUCUAUGAUCCUGAUCCGAACCCCAAAAAUGAGGAACAGGCAGUUGCAAGGGCCCACCGAAUUGGACAGAAAAGGGAAGUAAAAGUCAUUUACAUGGAAGCAGUCGUCAACAAAAUCCCUAGCCAUCAGAAAGAGGAUGAGUUUAGAAGUGGAGGUUCGGUUGAUCUAGAAGACGACCUGGCUGGUAAAGAUAGAUACAUGGGGUCCAUUGAGAGCCUCAUCAGGAACAACAUUCAACAAUAUAAGAUUGAUAUGGCUGACGAGGUUAUCAAUGCUGGGCGUUUUGACCAAAGAACAACGCAUGAAGAGAGACGCAUGACUUUGGAAACACUGCUGCAUGACGAAGAGAGGUAUCAGGAAACAGUCCAUGAUGUUCCCUCACUUCAACAAGUGAAUCGGAUGAUUGCUAGAAGUGAGGAGGAAAUCGAGUUGUUUGAUCAAAUGGAUGAAGAGCUAGACUGGGAAGAGGAGAUGACCAGGUAUGACCAGGUGCCUGAAUGGCUUCGUGCCAGUUCAAACGAUGUGAAUUCUGCAAUUGCGAAUCUCUCUAAGAAACCAUCAAAAUACAUGGUAUCUGCUGGAAAUUUGGUAGCACAAGCCAGUGAAAACGAGCCAAGAAGGGGGCGACCAAAGGCAAAAAAAUAUCCAAAUUACAAGGAAAUUGAUGAUGACAAUGGAGAAUAUUCAGAUGCAACUUCUGAUGAGAUAAAUAGAUAUUCUGCUCAUGAUGAAGAGGGUGAGAUUAGAGAAUUUGAGGAUGAUGAAUCUAGUGGUGCUGGUGAGGCACAAGCAAUCAAUAAGGACCAGUCAGAUGAUGAAGUUCCAGUAUGUGAUGGCGGGCAUGAAAAUCCCCAGGCUUCAGAUGGUAUUAGAGACAAUCGAAUUUUGGAGGAAGCUGGUUCCUCCGGAUCAUCCUCCAAUGGCAGUAAAAUGAUAAGGAUGGUGUCUCCAGUGUCUUCCCAAAAGUUUGGAUCUUUGUCUGCCUUAGAUGCUAGACCAGGUUCUCUUUCUAAGCGACUGCCAGAUGAGCUGGAGGAGGGGGAGAUAGUAAUGUCUGGAGAUUCUCACAUGGAUCGCCAGCAAUCAGGAAGUUGGAUUCAUGAGCGUGAUGAAGGUGAAGAUGAACAGGUUUUGCAACCCAAAAUAAAACGGAAACGAAGCAUUCGGCUUCGACCUCGACAUAUUCUAGAGAAGACAGAGGAGAAGCCUAUUAAUGAGGUUCAACGUGGAGAUUCUUCUCCUUCACCUUUCCACAUGGAACACAAGUAUCAAGCACAGUUAAGGAGUGAUCCAGAAACCCGAGAAAUGAAUGCUGUCAAGAAUGAUCAAAGCGAUUCUUCUAAAAGUAGGCGAAAUUUACCCACUAGGAGAGCAGCUAGUGCAUCGAAGUUGCAUGCAUCAUCACCAAAAUCAGGCAGGAUGAGUAUACAGUCUGUUCCAUCAGACGAUGUUGCAGAACAUUCUAGAGAGAGCUGGGAUGGAAAAGGGACAGGUCCCAGUGGUACUCCAGCGGCGGGGAACAAGAUGUCUGAAGUUACGCAGAGAAGGUGCAAAAAUGUGGUUAUCAAGCUUCAAAGGAAAGUUGAGAAGGAAGGCCAACAAAUUGUCCCUCUCCUAACUGAUCUAUGGAAGAGGAUUGAAACAGGCUGUAUGAGUGGUGCUGGAAAUAAUCUCUUGGAUUUAAGGAAGAUUGAGCAGCGCGUCGAUAGGUCGGACUACGGUGGUGUCAUGGAGCUUGUGUUUGAUGUUCAAUUCACGUUAAAGGGUGCGAUGCAGUUCUAUGGGUUCUCACAUGAGGUAUGCUUGCCAUUUGGCUUCUCAACUGUUCCUUGUUGGAUUUUUGUUUUUGCUGUGAAACUUCUGGAAGCUGAGCAUGUUAGAUCUGAAGCGAGAAAAGUGCACGAUCUAUUCUUUGAUCUCUUGAAGAUUGCUUUUCCAGACGCAGAUUUCCGGGAAGCCAGAGGUUCACUUACGUUCUCUGGGCCUGUACCACCUACGUCCAAUGCUGGUCCAUCUCAAAGACAGACAGUGGCAAGCCAAGGCAAGAGACACAAGCAAGUAACUGAGGUAGAAACCGAUGCUCAUAAGCCAAUUCCUCAAAAAGGGUCUUCCAACCUCGGAGAGGACACGAGGAUCAGGGUCCAAAUUCCUCAAAGGGAAACAAGGCAGCAAGGGAGUGGAAGUGCAGGGAACCGAGAACAACAGCAGCAGGAUGAUUCUCCCUUGCACCCUGGGGAGUUGGUUAUCUGCAAGAAGAAGAGAAAAGAUCGGGACAAGUCCGUGGUGAAGUCUAGGGCUGGAUCAAGUGGCCCUGUUUCCCCCCCUAGCAUUGGGCGGAACAUGAUGAUGAGUCCCGGGGCAGGUUUGAUCGGUAGAGAAGGAAGACAGAGUCAUCAGCAGCAUGGCAGCGGCGGCCAUCAGCCACAGCAUGCAUGGAUUAACCAAUCUCAACCUGCGAAUAAUAAUGGCGCUGCUGCUGGUGGUAAUGUUGGCUGGGCAAAUCCUGUGAAGAGGUUAAGGACAGAUGCGGGUAAACGACGGCCAAGCCAUUUGUAAUUCUUCUAUAGGUUUUCAAGAAUGUGAAAGUAGAACAUGUAAGGGAAGAAGAGUUGAGAAGGUGAGGUGUUGUGAGUUGAAACGUAUUAGCUGCAGAGUGGAAUUUGCAGGGCUGCCCCAGAGAAAAUGCUGUUAGUUGGAUUCUGUAAUAGAUUGUAGGUAAGAAUUGCUCACCCCAAAGUCCCUCAUUGUAGACCAGAACUGGCCCGGCCCUUGUGAAUUGGGGAAGUUCUAUAAGUUUCGUCUUAUCGACCAAUGACAUGGUUUCCUGCUAUAUGCUAUAGGUAGGCUGAGCAUUGGUGCGGUCGAACUGCUUCAUGCCGCACCAAACUGCUUUUGCGGUAGAGUCAAAUCGAGUCGUGAGACUUGGAACUGCUUUUGCGGUAG